GGCUGCGCAAAUCUAAGCCGUUUUGGGGUACUGAUCCCAAGUACCCUAAUGCGGCAUAGCUCUGAAAUGGGAGCUUCUGACUUCCCACCUGCGGAUUGGCAAUUCCUUCCGUAAACUUGCUCUAAAUAUUUCAUUGUAUUGGUGCGCAAUGGCCCGCCAUCAACGCUUACUACCGUUUGACGGACCUCUUCAAGCAUAUGCCGACUACCUCGAAUGCAUACUGUUAUCUGUCUAUGGAUCAGUUGAUCAAGUACGACAAAGGGUUCUGUCGCGAGUGGAUGUCGUUGCGACGUCUGCUCCUGAGAUUUUAGCGCCAACAUGGGCGAGGGACAACGCUAUAGGCAAAUCGCUAACGGCCCCGAGAACUGCACGCAGGACUUCAAGACCGAUCACGAAUGAUUUAGAAAUCAGCGGCAUUCCUCCGAGUACUCAGAGACAUGAUCCUGUGACGGAGGAUUGUCCCCAGACGAGUAGCGCGAUUCAGAUUUCCCAACCCACGGGUUCAGCAACACCGAGCGGCGAUGUUACCAACAGCAGCAUAACCCAGCCCCCUACCCCGGCUCAAACUAUCCAGGUCGCGACCUUAAUACAAGGUAUAGGAUAUCUAAAGCCGAAGAUAGCUGGAUGGCAGAAGACAUUCGAGGAUUUCCUGGCUAGAGUUCCGGAGAAUGAGCAGGAGUGGCUACAAUUAGAAGCCAGUUCAGGUUUGAACUGCUCAGGGCACAUUAUCGAUAUCUUCCACCGAGUUGCGCAAGCUCAAAACCAGAUCCAAGUCACCAGUCAGAAAGCGAUACCUAGCAAGGACCUGCCUGGUACCGAGUUCCUACUCAAGUUCAGCUCGUAUGUAGGGAACUUGAAAGCCAAGGCGGUCUCCAAGAGGCAGCAGGCUCGCUUCAGCGAAUACCUGCUGCACGGUCACUGCAUCGUGGCUCGAAAAAGUGGAAUGACCGUCGAUGAGGUCAACGAGAUGACGUCAAAGGCUCUGGGGUCUGGGGACAAGCCAGAUGAGAACGCGAGGAGAUGGCAAUCAUACCGUACCGCCGCAAAAUGGUUUGACUGGCUGAUUGAGAAGUUGGAAGGUGUAUUGAAGCACCGUGCAGGCAAGCUCUUUCUUUUAUGUACGUAAGCCAGCACCACCCGUCACAAAGCAGCACUUUCUAACCCUCCAGGUGACGUGGAUAUCAGUAUGUUUCGAGAAUUCGUCUCGACUACGGCACGGCGGGCCUAUGUGCUCGAAAAGCUUCAGGAACGAACAAAAGGUUUAGGGAAGAACUUGCAAGACGUUGGAGUUUCGCUCCGCCCGGCAUUUCUCAUUGCAAAUACGGGUCCUUGGGAGUAAGUCGUAAUACCCUAAUCGCCAUACGAUUGAACUGUACUGACUUA